AUGAGUUGGCAAACAAAGAUUGCUUCAAAACUGAGAGAAAUAAGAUUUAUCUGCUGCCAAGCAUCAGGCCACAGCGCAGGUGUGAGAAGUUUUGAUCAUAAUAAUAAAAUGACUACGCACUAAAAGGUUGCUGUCAUCAACCUCUGCAAUAUUUAUUAUUAUGCAAUUCAAUUUCAUCAUCGACCUUUAUUCACAAUCAUAAUAUAGAAUUACUACAUAGGGUAAUUUGGUGGCUCAUGUAAGAAAUGAGACAUAUGAUUUUCACUGCCUGAGAUACCCGAAAGGGUUACCAUUAGGUGGAGCCCACACUGGCAUUAGGCUUGAGCAAGCUAAAGGCGGCAUGUGAAGGGAUUACUUGCGACACAAGAUGGCUGCUAACAUUUCCGAUUAAAGGGCUUAAAAGGUUGGCCUAUACAUGCCUAAAUCAUCCUACUGAAGGAAAUACCAUGUUAAAACUAUUAUUAGUAUUGAGAAGCUUCAUCAAUACUAAUUACCAAAGCGUGAAAGAUGCUGCACCAAGGUUUCCUUUCAUUGUCAGAGAAUGUGAAAAUGCCAUUCCUCUCAUUAUUGCAAGAUAUGACUUUGGAGUUGAAAGAAAAGUAGUUGCCGAGAAUCUAAGUGAAGCUGAAGUUAAGCAAGCUGUCGAGGAUUUGAUAAGCCAAGCAGAUUCUAUCAACUCUCAUAGAUUUCUUAAUAAAGCUUAA